UUAUCUUCAUUUCCAGAUUCGGCUAUUUGCAUCAGAAUGCGGAGGUGAAAACGGACAGGCUGGCCGAUCGAGGUACCAAUCCUUGACGGUAUACACUGGUAAUAUACCAGUUAGUAUAAUUUUUUUAUGAUCAGAAAGCUAUUUCUGACAAGAAUCACGCAUGCAUUCGAACAGAGGAUUAUCGCGGAGGAAUUGCCUUGAAACCAUGAACUGCAGUUGGGGGACGGAGCUGUGGGAUCAAUUUGAUAAUCUAGAGAAGCACACUCAAUGGGGCAUUGAGUUUUUAGAGCGCUACACCAAGUUUGUUAAGGAGCGGUCGGAAAUUGAAUUGACGUAUGCCAAGCAGAUCAGGAAUCUGUCUAAGAAGUAUCAGCUUAAGAAGAACUCUAAAGAGGAGGAGGAAUUUAAGUACACAUCAUGUAGAGCUUUUCUGAUGACCUUAAAUGAGCUGAACGACUACGCAGGUCAACACGAGGUCAUUGCAGAAAACCUGUCGUCUCAGAUCAUCGCCGAGCUGGCCCGCUACACUCAAGAACUGAAGGCUGAGCGCAAAUCGCAUUUUCAUGAUGGCCGGCGAGCGCAACAGCACAUAGAAAAUUCAUGGAAGCAGCUGGAGUCGAGUAAGAGAAGAUUUGAGAGAGACUGUAAGGAAGCAGAUCGAGCCCAGCAUUACUUUGACAAGAUGGACGCAGACAUAAACGUGACGAAAGCAGAUGUGGAGAAGCGGUGUUCUCUCAAGGCAAAACAGCAAGCCCAGUUGAGACAUCAAAUAGCCGAAGACAGUAAAAAUGAGUACCUGACCUACCUGCAGAAGUUCAAUAAGGACCAACAUGAGCAUUACUACACUCUCAUACCACAUAUCUUUCAGAGGAUACAGGAGAUGGAAGAGAGGCGGGUGGGGAGGGUCAGGGAGAGCAUGCGAGUGUACACUGAGGUCGAGAGUAAAGUGCUGCCCAUCGUCAACAAGUGCCUGGACGGCAUGACCAAGGCAGCUGAAUCCAUCGAGCCAAAAAUGGACAGUAAGCAAGUUGUAGAGUCAUACAAGUCAGGCUUUGAGCCGCCGGGCGAUGUUGAAUAUGAGGACUAUAGCGUGUCGAUGAAGAGGGCGGUGUCAGAAUCAAGCUUCCUGAACGCCCGUGGGGAGGGCAGACGCCGAAGCCGGAGCAAACUGUGGCCUUUACUCAAGAGAAAUAAGCUUAUGUCUUUGUUAGCGUCACCCCACCAGCCCCCUCCCCCUCCUCCCACCUCCCCCUCCCCUGAUGGCCUCCCCAACGGUCCCCAGUCCCCACAGCAGCCCAAGGAGCCCCUGAGCCAGCGCCUCAAUGACUUCAUGAGCACCAAACACAAAAUGCACUGCCUGCGGAGCCUCAAACGUGGGCUUUCCCUAAAGCUGGGAACUGGUCAAGAGGACUACAGUCAUCUGCCCCCAGAACAGCGGAGGAAGAAACUACAAGCCAAACUCAAUGACAUCAACAAGGACAUCCAGAAAGAGAUGGAUCAGAGGGAUGCCCUGACUAAAAUGAAAGAUGUUUACAUUAAGAAUCCUCACUUAGGAGAUCCAGACAGUAUAGAUCCACGUUUAGAAGAGAUCACACAAAGUUUGGAAAAACUGCAGCUCGAGGCGCAGAAAUUUGAGGGCUGGCUGACGGAGGUGGAGAGAAAGUUACUGGAAAAGGGCUCAGAGUCUCAGAGACAGAGCAGUCAUUUUGACUCGCAGGGCAACACACCACUUACAAACAACUAUGGUCAAAACCGAGAGAGUCCGGAUGGCAGCUACACGGAAGACCCCAGCACAGAGGCCAUGCAGUUCAAAUCUCGCAGUACUGAGUUUGAUGAAUUUGACGAUGAGGAACCAUUGCCCACCAUUGGAACAUGCAAGGCACUUUAUCCAUUUGAAGGCCAGAAUGAGGGCACCGUAUCUAUGGCCGAGGGGGAGAUGCUUUACGUGAUCGAGGAGGAUAAAGGUGACGGCUGGACCCGUGUGCGGAGAAACGAGGACGAGGAGGGAUACGUGCCCACAUCCUACAUAAAACUCUUUUUGGAUAUGAAUGCCAAAGAUCCCUAAAAGUGUUUGGCUGACACAGGAGUGGCAGGGCAAGCGUCCUUGCGUGAAACAUCGUCCUCUUGUAACAGUAGUGAAAGAGAUGGCAAAUGGGGGACUAACUAAAAGGAAAAUCCAUUUUUAACACGAAUCACUUUAAUUGAACCUCUCCUCUGCCAUAAUAACAUGGGGGAAACUUUUUCAUGACUGGCAAAUUAUUUGCAAAUUUGCUUGCUGUUUGCUUGCUUCUUGUAUGGACCUAGAAUAUUUAGCCUUGUGCGUAGCUGCUUGCUGUCAGACCAGAGCCCUUAGGUUUGUUUGCGGAGGCACAGAGUAUGUGCCGUGUACAUGCCUUGUUAUUGCCUGGCUUGCUUCAGAGCCAAAAGGAGUUUUGUCAUUAAGACAUUAGAGUUAAUGAAUAUUUGUCAGUGCAGACUUCUCAGUUAUGUGAAAUUAUCAAACAAAAUAAAUGUGGGGGAUAAAUGUGGGACUCAUUUGAUACAUUAUAGAUUUCAGUUAUUACAGUGCUUGCAAGUCAGCACUGUAAUGGAAUUCCUCCUACUUCCACUUCUUCCUCAAACUUCCUCUUCUUCAUACUUCCUCUUCUUACUCCUCGUAUUCCCUCUUUUUCCUCAUACUUCCUCUUCUUCCUCUUCCUCUUCUUACUCCUCGUAUUCCCUCUUUUUCCUCAUACUUCCUCUUCUUCCUCUUCCUCUUCUUACUCCUCAUAUUCCCUCUUUUUCCUUGUUAUGCCUCUUUUUCCUCUCAUACUUGCUUUUCUUCAUCCA